AUGCGGACGAUUCGCAUCCUGAGGAUUGUGAAAGCAGGAAAGAUCAACGUUCUGUGGGAAAACCUUGUCAUAUCGAUGGGACGGCAGUGGUUGAUCCUAUCCUUCACCGUGGGGAAGAUGCUCCUGGUGAUCGGCUGUGUUGCACACAUCCUGGCCUGCAUUUGGUAUGCGCUUGGUGACACGGUGUCCGGUGCAACCGACAAAAGCAGCUGGCUGGAAAUUGCCGGCGUCCGGCAAUCACCUUUCCCGACCCAGUACAUCCAUUCCUUAUCCUGGAUUCUGUUAACACCUUCUCCACCGCCCUUGACGCCUGACAGCAGUGUUGAGCACACAGCGGUUCUGGCGCUCUUUGUCACCACCGUAUUGGUCAUUGGCUCAGCACUUUCUGUGCUUACUGGCACAUUGAAUGAAAUUCGCCAGGUGAACAGUGAGCGCAGCAAGAAGUGCCGUGAGUUGCGCAUUUUCCUGCAGAACCGAGCCGUGCCGACCGAAUUGAUGAUGAGAGUCAUGAGCUAUGCCGACUACAAGAUGACAAGGCAUUCACCCAUUGCCUAUGAUACCACUUUGAUUUCACCUAUGCUGGAAGCAGAACUGGCUACGUCCCAGUUUGGUGCUGUUCUGAGCAGCCAUCCAUUGCUCGAUUUCAUGUCUUCAAUGUACCCAUUGGUCUUUGCAGAGUGUUGCCGUGGGCUGAAGAAACACUUUUUUUGCGAGGGGGAGGCCGUCUUCAGUGAGGGGUCGUUGGCAGAGAACAUGUAUAUGAGCAGCCACGGCAAAUUUAAGAUCAUUGCCGAGUCCUUUGUCGAUGAUGAGGUGUCCUUUGAAGAUGACAACCAAUACUUCGCAGAAAUCUCACUCUACGUGGAGGCUGUCAUGCAUGGGUACAGUCUGCACACCGAAUCUUUUUCAGAAGUCUUUUCACUAACGCCAGCAGACUUUGCCAGCGUGCUCGUCCAUUCGCCCGUGUGCGCGACUAUGGUCAUUGAGUAUGCUAACGAGUAUAUCAUCCGAUAUUCUGCCGUGCCAGCAACUUCUCAUUCCAAUAUUUGGCACACGAUAGAGCGAGAGCAGGAUUGUGCCAAAGCAGCUUGCGAAAGCAAUUCAUUCUACUUGGAGGCUUGGAUCUGUCGUAUCUCCAACACCCUGAACUUAAAACAAUUACCAGCAAAACGCAGCUGCUGA